AUGUCGAGUUCGCGCCGCAUAGCUGCUGCAAUCUGCCCUUCCGCACCGUUCCUCGUUCCGCGCCGAGCCUGCGCGGUGCUCCGCCUUCCACACUUCAGUCCGGGCUCCGUUGCAGCAAAGCAUGAUGCCGCCCGUUCUCGAUCCCGCCGCCCGCAGACGCAGUCGUCUUUCCUCAGGAAGGCGAAGGCUGACCAAGACCGUGUCAUCGAAGAUCUCCGGACCGGUGCAGUUCCCCCGCACCAUGCUGCGAAUUUGCACCUGCUGUCCUUUCUCAAAGAAGCCGGACACUUUGACCGGGCCAUCAAAUUUUGGGAAUGGCUCAAGCAAAAGAGCAACGACUUCGUGGACGCUGCUGUCUACGGAGCUGCAAUUGAGCUCCUGACGACGCAGGGAAAAGCCGACCUGGCUGAACUGGAGGCUGUGUACGCCGAAGCUCUCCGUCGCUUCCCGGGAAAUUUCGCCCAGUACCAUCUCUCGCCGGAAGCAAUGGUGCCAGACCGUGGCCAGCCCGUCGAGAUCAAAGGACUUCCCACUUCGUUACUUCAAGGCAUCACAUCCGCAAGGAUAGAACGAGGUGAUUGGCGGAAUGCAUACCUCGGGUUCGAUACUGCGCUGCGCCUGUUCCCGACCCAGGUUCCUGAGCGCUUUUUCGAGAUGUUCGUAUACAAGAGGCCGCUCGCCGAGUCGUACACCGUCUUCGCCAUGGCCUGCCGGUCUGGUGUCUCCCUGAGGCCAGAAAUUUUGACCGCCCUUCUGAAAAAGUUGGUCGGAAUCCAGCCUCGUGCCUCCAUGGAGGACAGAAUCUUGGCCAUCAAGGGUAUGCUGAACGCUAUACACGUUUACGCCGGUGUCGGCGGUUCUGUUACGUGUCACCACGUCAGUGUGCUCGUGAAGGGAUUCGAAGACCUGCUUCCAAAAGCUCCGCAGGGAAACCCAGCCAGUGAAGCAGUCAAUCGGCUCGUUGGUAACACUGCACGCGAAACCGUGCUGACCAUAUCGCAAGCUGGUGUUCCGCUCACCUCAUCGACAGUUGCUAGCAUGGCGGGCCUUGCAGGCAAGGCGCGGCUGCCUGAGCUCCUCGGCCGAACGAUCCAGGACAUGACCAGCGCGGGUAUAGAACCAAAUGAAGUCGCACACAGAGCCAUGGUUCUUGCCGCCGGGCAGAUCAAGCAUCUCGAGCUGCUCGAACUGAGCUGGAAACGCCUCGUGGAAGCCGCCGAGGCAUCCGGGACGCAGCUGGACGUGGUUGACUGGAAAGCUCUGGCGCGCGCGAGCGUCAGCGCUGGCCAUGUCCGCUUCUUGCGGGAGCAGACCAUUUCGCUCAGCCACACAAUGACGGACGACAUUAGGCACUCGAUUGAAUGCGAAGUGACCGAGGAGCAAACAGGGGAAACCUCGAAGCGUUCGCGUCGCACACAGGAGUUCCGUGGAGUGGAGUUCACAGAAGCGGACAAUGCUCUCGUCAACGCUGCGAUACCGGAAAUCAAAUCUCAGGUCAAGUCGACCGCUGCGCUCAUGAAGUCUGACAAGCUGCUCAACUUCUACGAGCAUGCUCCUGCAAUGUCGUUGGUCGCCAGGCCAGCAAUAGGGUCGGAAACGGCGUUGCGCACGGUCUACGAUGAGCUCACGACAGACCCCCGUCUUCCUGCGACGAACCAGCCCCUCCGACCAGCGAAGAAGAGUGCUUUCGGCUACCCGUUGGAUUCUUUGCGAUACGCCAACUGGAAAUCCAUCAACGAGCUCCUCCUCGAUGCCGAAGCUCACGAGGCGGAGCGGCAGCGAAGGAUGGAAGAGGCUAUGGAAGAAAGCGGAGAUUCGACUGGACUGGAACCGUCCAUUCGAAGAUUUUUGCACUUAAAGCUCUCACCGCAUGGAUUCCGAAGGGACCGAAGCGGAAUUGCCGCCGAGGACGAUGCCGCCCAUGCGUCUGAUGAGAUCGGGCGUGUGAGACGGGAGAUACACCGGCUAAGGGCGCUGCAGGAUCAGCCACGCUUUGCAUUGGACCCCUGA